AUGCAGUACGCUCGCUCCAUAACAGGCACCGUUUCGAAAGCAUGGAACAGUCUGAACCCAGCCACAUUGUCUGGAGCCAUCGACGUUAUUGUCGUUGAACAGGAGGAUGGCUCUCUCGCAUGUUCUCCAUUUCACAUCCGAUUCGGGAAGUUCUCCCUCCUGCGCCCUUCCGAGAAGAAGGUCGAGUUCAAAGUCAACGGCGAGAAGCUGAACUUCCCCAUGAAAUUGGGCGAGGGCGGAGAGGCUUUCUUCAUCACCGAAACACACGAGAGCGUCCCGGAAGCACUACAGACGAGUCCGCUUGUUAGUCCCGCGAGCAGUCCAGAGCUCAAGGCGAGUGCUUCUGAAACUCCCGUCUUGCAAGAGCCAGAUCCCUUCGACUUGGAAAAGGAGCUGCCCGUGCGAGAUGGCGCGAAAAGAGGGCACAGUAGGAGUACGACCGAGGGAAUGCCAGUCCCUGGUCUGCAGAGAAGACCGCCGAGUGAUUUGGGAAACCUGACGCCGCUAUCUACAUCUCCCACCGAACCUCAAUUUCUCAAAGACCGACCGCGACCUGCUUCAGGAGACUUUUCAGCAUUCGUGCAUCCAACCUUUGAACGGACGUCGUCGGACAGCGCUGUACCAGCUGCGAAAGCUUCUAUCCAUGAAUCCAUGCACCAUAGUGAGCUGCUGAUGACUCCUGGCUCCGAACGCUCGCCUUCACCUCCGCCUACCACAGACCGGCCCGUGAGCCCCACGCCAGAGGAAGAGGAUGCAAAAGCUAGGGCAUUGAAUCUCUCCAAGAGACUAUGGACUUCCAAUAUUAGCAACCAGGUGACCGAGACUGGUGAUAUCAUGCUUGACAUGGGUGCCUUCAAGAGCGGGAAUAAAGAGGCUUUGCAGGCCGAGAUAGUCGCCAGACAGAUCCUGUCGCAAGAGCUCGAUGGCCCUUACGAUAUUGGUGCGCUCAUGGGUGCUGAUGAGAAAGGCAAUAUUUGGAUCUACAGAAGCGAGGAAGCGAAAGAUGCUGCCAAUAAGCGAGCCGCCGCCGGAAUGGGUAUUUUCAAUCCGGCUGCCUAUGCUUCCACAGAUGCCAUUUCGGAUCCUGGAUACCACAGCGACGAUGCUCGAAGUGUGGACUCAAAGCCUGGAGAUUAUGCGCACAAUCGUCGUGAUUCGGAUAGCGCCGUAGGUCUACCCUCCCAGCCUAGCUCACCAGGCAGAGUUGCUGGAGACCCGAAUAAGAACUACGCGAAAUCCAUCCGCUUGACCUCGGAUCAACUAAAGACUAUGAACUUGAAUGCUGGGGCGAAUAGUAUGUCCUUCACUGUGAACCGCGCGACGUGUACUGCCGUAUUGUGGUACUGGAAGCAUGACGUGCCGAUAGUCAUAUCUGACAUCGAUGGCACAAUCACGAAGUCAGACGUCUUGGGCCAUGUUUUGAAUACGAUCGGCCGCGACUGGACACACCAGGGAGUGGCCAAGCUCUACACAGAGAUUGCAUCAAAUGGGUACAACUUUCUAUACCUGACCAGUCGAAGCGUCGGACAAGCAGAUACUACCAGAGCUUAUCUGGCCGGUGUGGCUCAGGAAGGAUACAAAUUGCCUAGGGGGCCUGUUAUCCUCAGUCCUGAUAGAACCAUUGCGGCUCUGCGACGAGAGGUCUACCUCAGAAAACCCGAGAUCUUCAAAAUGGCAUGCUUGCGCGAUAUCAUGUCCCUCUUCGCGGGCAAAUCAGGUUCCCCAUUUUACGCUGGGUUUGGUAAUCGUCUGACAGAUGCACUCAGCUAUCGCUCAGUGAACAUUCCCAGCACUCGAAUCUUCACGAUCAACUCAAAUUCGGAAGUGAGCUUGGAUCUUCUAAGCCUCAAUACUUACAAGACGGCUUAUAGCAGCAUGCGAGAAAUUGUCGACCACUACUUUCCGCCUGUCGGUUUACUAGUCAAGGGUGGAGGCGAAGAGUUCACGGACUUCAAUUACUGGCGCGACCGGCCGAUGGACAUCAUUGACUUUACUGACAGCGAGGAUGAGGAUGACGAUCCUACCGAAGACGCCGUCUCACGCCUGACCAAGACCAACACUCGAGGGAGUCGAAGCAUCCUCAGCGAAGACGAAGCAGGCGACGACAUGGCAGAGUCAUAUUUCUCAGGAGAUGGACGUCCGUCACUCGACCAGUCAAUCGCAGAAUCUUUGGUCGAUGACGAAGAAUUGACAAGCUCCAUGAUCGACGAUGAAGAUGAAGACUACGAUGAAGCAAGUGGCUCUGAAGCCGAGGAGGAAGAAUACCACCUCGAAGAC